UGGUCUUAAAGGACGUAGCGGAAACUUUCUCCUCCCCUCCCUCUCCUCUCAUCUUAUUUUAAAAUAGGUGCUGCAUUUUAGUCUCUGACUAACCUGUCUGAGUGGGGCUAAGCGAGGCCAACCUCAGGCUUCCAGGGAAACAGUUUACCAGCGGCAGCUGUUGCGUUCCCGCGGUACCUCCCGCUGGUAUCAUCUUUCUGGCCGGAGAAUCCUACAGUGUCCGGGGUAGUGUGACCGUCCUGAGGGCAGGCGUCCAUUUAUUUGGUUUGGUUUUGGUUUUGCCCUUCCAUCUUUGUGUAUCCAACAUCCUGAGAGGCGGCGUGUAUUUGCCAGACGCAUAAUUUCAAGUUGGAGUAGGCCCUUAGACUCCAGAAAGGAAUCCGAACCUAGAGACCAUCGAGGCCAGACUCUCGCUUUACAGAGGAAGAAGCGGAGGUGCUGAUAAGGUCCCAUCCACCUGUGCCCUUCAUCCUCCGUGUCAGUACUGGUGACUCCACGCCCAGCACUCUCUCAGCCACGAAAAAUUGAAGGAAGUUCCCUCAACCCACCCUCUCCUCCUUCCCCCUCACUCACAUUUCUGCAGUUCCAAGGAUAAUGCAAUGGCCCAACAAAGAGUUCUCCCCCAGAGCAAAGAGACCCUCCUUCAGUCCUACAAUAAGAGGCUGAAAGAUGACAUUAAGUCGAUUAUGGAUAAUUUUACUGAGAUCAUAAAGACAGCAAAGAUUGAAGAUGAAACUCAGGUCUCCCGGGCAACUCAGGGUGAGCAGGACAAUUAUGAGAUGCAUGUGAGAGCUGCCAAUAUUGUCCGUGCUGGAGAAUCUCUGAUGAAGCUUGUGUCUGACCUCAAGCAAUUUCUCAUCCUCAAUGACUUUCCCUCCGUGAAUGAAGCCAUUGAUCAGCGUAACCAGCAGCUUCGAAGCUUGCAGGAUGAAUGUGACAAGAAGCUCAUUUCCCUGCGGGAUGAGAUAUCCAUUGACUUAUACGAGCUAGAGGAGGAGUAUUACUCGUCCAGCUACAGUCUUUGCGACACAAUUGAUCUACCUCUGUGUGAAGCCUACUGGAGGCAGGACCUCACCUCAUUCUCCCCUGAUGGUCUCUCGGCACCUCUUCUAGUGUCUCCUGCAGAGUCUGGCACAGCCCCAAUGCAGGGGACUGCACCCGUGCUCCCUCACGUCAACGGGCCUGGUUCAGGACCCACGGAGCAUGCCUGACCAGGAUCCAUUCCCGAUGCUGUCAAAGGUGCUCACCGCUGAGUCCCACUGCCCCACCCAACAGUGGCCCCUUUGGGCAUAGAGUGCCACUUGGAAAGCAGCAUGUUAGUAUUUCAGUCUGGGUCUUUUCUCUCCUCAUUGCCCUCUUCUUCAGUCUCAGGGAUAGAUUACAGAUGCCUAAGCCAUCCAUCUACUACCAUACUUCCUUUUCCUGGGAUUAACCUUUGUUGGGCAAAAGUCACCUUGGUCCUAAAAUUAGAGCAAGACAAUAGGCAUUAUGGGAGGGGGUUGAGGAAUUUGUUAGCCUGAGCCUAGAAUUAGGCAGAGCCAAACACUUUGAGUUGGGAAAAUUGUAAGCUAUACCUUCAGUGUCUUCCUCUUCCUCUCCUGGCCCAUUUGAGAACAAUAGGGAUAGGAGAAAGCUAGCUCUGGGUUUCCUUUUAUGUUCAGUAUUCACUCAAAAGUGAGAGAGAGAGAGUGUGUGUGUGUGUGUGUUUUUGUGUGUGUGUUUGUGCAUGCGUGCGCACGCAUAUGUGCGCGUGAGAGAGAGUGGUGGUAUGGAUGUAUAAGAGAAAGAUGUAAGGAAGGAGCUAUAAAUUCUUGGAUUUGUAAGUAGGUAUGGAAAGAAUGUAGCAUUAACUUUAAGCAGCACACAUAGAAGCCACAUUAAAGACUGGCAUUUGGGGGAAGAUUUAGCUACUGUAAGUGAGCAAAGCUGUGCCUGGUCUAGCUUCCAAAUACUUGACCUAGAAUCACUUUGGCAUGGGAAGUUCUGUAUUAAAAGUGGCUUCUCAAAAUCAAAAUCAAAAUGCUUCCUGGAGUUCAGGUGGACAGAGGGACUGAAUUAUUCUGUAAUUUACUCUUCAUUUCCCACAGUGAUUCUCUUUAUUUUUGUAACUAUAUUGUUGAAUAAAUAAAUCAUGAACCUUU